UUGUUUUUUCUUUUACAUCCAUUUUUAUCUCACAAAAUGUUAAGAUACUGUGAGAACACAUGGCGGCGCUGCAGGAUAAGAAACUAAAAACUAGAAGGCAGCGGUGACUCCAUUAACACAGGAAGAAGAAAAACUGCAGAAAUCCGGAAGCCUAGGGAAGCCUGGGCACCUCAAAAAGGAGAUCUGGGCCCCCCACAAAAGGGCUGGGAUACUUCUCAGGUAUCUAGUGAGACAACCACAGUACCAGAUACCAGGCGGAUUUACAGUUCUGCUGAAGCAUCCUCCGGGACACUGUACCACCACGAAGAAUGGAGGCCAGGAAGCUCAUUUGCAGACAAAGGCAAGUCCUUUUUUCCUUUUUCCUGUUAGGAUUAACGCUGGUGUGUGCAGGGGACCUGAGACGCUAUUCUGUGGUGGAGGAAAAGGAGGGUAGGUCCUUUGUUACAAAUUUAGUACAUGACCUGGGUCUUGGGCAGUUGGAACUCUCUAGGCGAGGGGCUAAAGUCGUCUCUAAAGGUAACAAGCUACAUUUGCAGCUGGAUCAGGAGACAGGGGAUUUACUGUUAAAUGAGAAAGUGGACCGUGAGGAACUGUGUGGGCACACAGAGCAAUGUCUGCUACGCUUCCAGGUGUUGCUAGACAACCCAUUAGAUAUUUUUCAAGCUGAGCUAGAAGUAAGAGACGUAAAUGACCACUCUCCAGCAUUCCUGGACACAGAAAUCAUGCUCAGGAUAUCAGAAAGCAGUCUUCCUGGGACCACAUUUCCUCUGAAGAAUGCUCAGGACAUGGAUAUAGGACAAAAUGGAAUUGACAACUAUCUUAUCAGUUCUAAUUCCUACUUUCACGUGCUCACUCGAAAACGCAGUGAUGGCAAGAAAUACCCUGAGCUGGUACUAGACAGAGCACUGGAUAGAGAGGAGGAAGCUGAGCUCAGGCUGACCCUCACAGCACAGGACGGCGGCUCUCCACCUAGGUCUGGCACCACUGAGGUCCACAUUGAAGUACUGGACAUCAAUGAUAAUGCUCCUCAAUUUGAGCAGCUUUUUUAUAGGGUGCAAAUCCCAGAGGACAGUCCAAUAGGCUUGCUGAUCAUCACUGUCACUGCUACAGAUAAGGACAUAGGCGUCAAUGCAGAGAUCUCCUAUUCACUUUUCCAGGCUUCAGAUGAUAUUAGCAAAACCUUUUCAAUCCAUCCCUUGACAGGGGAAGUGCGACUGAAAGAACUCCUUGAUUUUGAAAAGACUCAGUCCUAUGAGGUAAAUGUUGAGGCAAGAGACGCUGGAACCUUUUCUGGAAAAUGCACAAUUCUGGCCCAAGUCGUGGAUGUGAAUGACCAUGCUCCAGAGAUCGUCCUGUCCGCAUUUACAAAUCCCAUCCUUGAGAAUUUACCAGAAACUAUGGUGGCAGUUUUUAGCAUGUCUGAUCUAGAUUCAGGAGAAAAUGGGAAAAUAAGUUGUUCCAUACAGGACCAUCUACCCUUCUUCCUAAAGCCCUCUGGGGAAAACUUUUACACGCUACUAACACAAAAGCCACUGGACAGAGAGACUACAGCCGAGUACAACAUCACCAUCACAGUCUCCGACAUGGGCACACCCAGGCUCACAACCCAGCACACCAUAACAGUGCAGGUAUCUGAUAUCAACGACAAAGCCCCUGCCUUCACUCAAACCUCCUACACCUUGUUUGUCCGCGAGAACAACAGCCCCGCCCUGCACAUAGGCACCAUCAGCGCCACAGACUCAGACUCUGGCUCCAAUGCCCACAUCACCUACUCGCUACUGCCACCCCAGGACUCGCAGCUGGCCCUAACCUCGCUCAUCUCCAUCAAUGCAGAAAACGGGCAGCUGUUCGCGCUCAGGGCGCUGGACUAUGAAUCCCUGCAGGCCUUCGAGUUCCGCGUGGUCGCCUCAGACCAAGGCUCCCCUUCACUCAGCAGCCAGGCGCUGGUAAGGGUGCUGGUCUUGGAUGACAACGACAAUGCGCCCUUUGUGCUCUACCCCCUGCAGAACGCCUCUGCGCCCUGCACUGAGCUGCUACCCAGGGCUGCUGAGCCUGGCUACCUGGUCACCAAGGUGGUGGCAGUGGACCGCGACUCUGGCCAGAAUGCCUGGCUGUCGUUCCAGCUGCUCAAGGCCACGGAGCCCGGGAUGUUCAGCGUGUGGGCUCACAAUGGCGAGGUGCGCACUACCAGGCUGCUGAGUGAGCGCGAUGCAACCAAGCACAGGCUGCUGCUGCUGGUCAAGGACAAUGGCGAGCCCCAGCGCUCUGCCAGCGUCACUCUGCAAGUGCUGGUGGUGGAUGGCUUCUCCCAGCCCUACCUGCCUCUGCCAGAGGUGGCGCGCGAUCCCGCUCAAGGUGAUGAAGAUGAGCUCACGCUGUACCUGGUCAUUGCCUUGGCUUCUGUAUCUUCACUGUUUCUCUUGUCUGUGCUGCUGUUCGUGGGGGUGAGGCUGUGCAGGAGGGCCAGGGCGGCUUCUCUGGGUGGCUGCUCUAUGCCUGAGGCACACUUUCCUGGCCAACUGGUGGAUUUUGGUGGUACAGGGACCCUGUCCCAGAGCUAUCAGUAUGAGGUGUGCCUGAAGGGAGACUCUGGGACUGGUGAGUUCAAAUUCCUGAAACCAAUUUUACCUACUUUCCAAAACCAUUCUCUUGGACCAGAAAUGGAAGAAAAUCCCAACUCCAGGAAUGACUGGGGUUUGGGUAUUCAGUUAAAAUAACUGGUUUUCAUCACCUGUUGUCAUUUUUGUUAUAAACUCAAACUACUUUUCUUGCUGUGCCCAUUAUGAAAAUUUAAAGCACGCUUAAAACUUGUUUUCAGGAUAUUUUGUCUGUGGUUUUAGUGAUAAUAUCUCAGCUUUUCUCUCCAGACUGGAAUGUGAAAUGUUCUAAUCUUGUCUCUCUAAUUUGUCAUUAGUUGCACAAAUCUUUGUUCUGGAAUGGCUUAGGAAUGUUCAAAAAGAUAAAUGGAAAAUCAGUUGCACCGAAUCAGAUGCGACUCAGUGUGUGUUCUGUUACUUGCUGUUAAGCCCUGAGUAUACACUACACAGUGAUGCUAAAAACUAAGUGAGGUCUAAGCAGAAAGGGCAAAGAAGGCUCCUCCUAGGCGGUCUGGCUUUUGGUUUAUUCGGCCUCCACUAGACUAGCCUUCUUUUAUUGGUGUUUUCUCUUAAAGAACAUUACAUAGCCACAUGGGUCUUCAUUAGCCUGCUUUUAGUUUUAACAUCACUAUUUUAAACUUCUUUCCACUUUGCUGUUGUUGUUGUUGUUGAGGAG